AUGCCAGAGCGUAUAAUAUCGCCCUACACUGCGAUCAUAAGACGCAGUGGUAAUCCAUUCGAGCUAGCCCAUGUGCUGGUGUCCUGGCUGAUAGGUGCCGGCUACGACGCGUAUGUCGUGGUCGGGUGCGCUGAGAGAGACACCUGUAUGGCCAUACGGUACAGGACUAUUUGUCCCGAAAUACCUGAUGAGACGGAGGUGAUUGAAGAACCACCGCCACCUGAAGAGGAGCCUCGGUACCGUCUCGUCCCUCUACCAGACCUAACUUCGAAGUACUGCAAGGAGAUGGACAAAAAAGAAGCUGACAAGCAACAAGCUGAGUUGAAUAAGAUAGAAAACGAAAGAUUAAGGAAAAUUGCGGAGCUAGAGAAGGCCCCAGCAGAUGACAUCGACGGGUGGCGCACACACUCCUGGGUGCUCGUACUUCCUGGCUUCAAAGGCAUCGAAGAGCCAUUCUUUAUUGAACCUAGCGAAGGGAAUUCGUAUCCAACAAAUGCAUCGCAAUACCAGUCUCUUGAUAGUGUUUAUAACAAUGAGAAUUACUAUGUGAAUCUUCAAACUGUGGAUAAUCUAGGCGAAAUCAACUACGACUUAAGCGACUUAUCGUGCUGGGAACACUUGUUGGCCGGCGAACCUUUCUAUAGAAGACAAUUAGUGGGCGUCGACUGCUCUGAUAAGAAGAGCGCAGUCGAUACUGAAAAACACCUCGACGUGCCCCCUAGUUGGGUGGAGAAACUGGAUAUCACAGCUGACGAAUAUGAACAAAGAUACCCCGGUAGCCACAAAGUGAUUCAUUAUAAAAAAGUUUUAUUGGAAAAGUUCGCACCAUAUUCAGAAAGAGAUGGAGUCGUCAAACGGAUUAAGAUUUUUGAUGAUUAUGCCCUAACUGUGCCACUUGUCACUUACGAAUGGUACAAAAAUCGUGUGGACAAGAUGGAAACUGUCAAAAUUGAUCAUCUAAAGAAAGAAAUACGAGAAAUAUUUGGAAUUGGCAGACGAGAUCACAUUUUAAAACAUACGUAUUCAAUGGAUGCGCCCCCGACGUCAGUGGAAGGCGAGCGCACCGUAGAGUUCAACUACUACGCGCGUAUCGACCACCUCCACAAGCUCGAGUGCACUCCGCUCACAUUCCGCGAACAUUACACUGACAGGACAGACAGGCUCGAAACCCGCUUCAUAACGUACACAGAAGGCAAUAAAAUAGAUCCCAAACGUCAAGUCAAAGAUAUUGUCGAGACCUACAGCCGCAAUCCCGAUGUGCCGUCUAAAGUGGAUAUUUGGAAAAAAAAAUAUCACGUCCAAGAUAAUACAAUAGAAUUGCUAUAUCAUUAUAAUUAUAACUUUGUUACAAAUAAUACGCGAAGCUUUAUUAAGCCCAACUUAGCAGAGACUGGUGGGAAAAUUUUGUUCUAUCCAGAUAAAACGACGGGAUAUAUCGCUGAUCCCCGCGCUAAGCCUCCUCGACCCUUGGAUAUUUACCUUGCACUAUGCGACAAUAUGGAUAGCGAAUACUACACACGCAAACAUAUACGCGAUCGUGAGACAGAUGUCACCGUAUAUCUGAAGCAAAGAGAACGCGAGCUCACAGAUCCGGUACUGUUUGUGGCUCUCUUUGACACUGAGAGGAAUGAUGCUGCGAAGAAAGGAUGGAAGGAACAGGAAGCUCAAAAAGCUGAAGUAACUGAACGCGAAAAGGAAGCAGAGAUCGAUCCUCUAGCGCCGUACUUGGCGAGGAUGUUCGGAAGCGGGCACGGAGCUGGUACAAUAUCGAUUAAAGAAGCAACUUUGGUCAGGGAUCAGUGUAUCAAUGACUUCAAAUCGAAACAAUUGGCUAGGCAGAACCUGGUUCAGGAAAGAUUCGACAAGCUCAACACUGAGUACAAGAACAAGAGACUAUGGUACUUAGCAAAUCAAUUCAUUCUUACACCGGAGAAAGAGAGUGCUUAUUUUGCUAUGAGCGCCGAACUAGCAUUCAAAGUUCACACCCUCGAGGUGCGGCUAACCAGACACAAAGACCUGUCAGCCCCGAGGUUCAAGAUCUUAGAGGAGUAUUUAGACAAGCACCCGUUACUGAAGGAGUACAAUCGCAUGCGACAUUACUAUAAGAAAAAA